AUGGAAAGGAUACAACAUGCUUAUGAGGGCAUUGUAAACACACCAACAGGAGGGACUGGUGGUUGUGAUGCCAAGCGAUAUUUUUCUUUGCCUCCAAAGUUCGACAAGCAUGAUGCAAGUGUAGUUCAGAAAAGCCUGUCAGAGCUCCUAAAACAACGAGACCUUGUUUUGGAACAAAAAGAAAUACUUAAGAAAGACAGAAAGGAAAGACUUUUCAUGUUGGAAGAUGGAAUUAUCAAGAAGUGGGCUUCAGUUGAGCAAGAUCCAUACAACUGUGAUGCAAUGCUUCAGUGUGACAGGCUGAGAGGUAAAUAAACUACACAUGUAUAGAUGUCAUACUUUAUGCUGUUGCUAUCAACAUUAAUGAUUCAUUUAUAAUAUGUUGGAAAAUUUAUUGUCAAUAUCAAAACUUAAAAAUAGGGACAAUUGAAACUGCAACAUCCAAGCUGUCCACUACACUUUCUCUAAUGAAGGAUAAGGAUUCAGGUGGUGAUAUUUUGGACGGUGAAGAGCAAAGAAAGAAGAGACGUAAAAAGGAGAAUAAGCAUCAUGCCCAAGCUAGAAAGGUAUUGCACUGGAUUUUUUCAACAUUUGUUUUCCAAAACUAUAAGCCAAAAAUGGGAGGGGGGUGUUUUAUAUAAAACUUGAAUUUUCUUGGCUUUUUCUAGAGACAAAGACUUGAGCGACUCUCUUUGGAUGUUGCAAAAAGACUGGGAGCACCUAUUGUCUGUGAUAAUUUGUACAGUCCAUCUAUAACAGGAGCCUUUCAGUUAGGUGCUAAUGACAUUAACUGUGAUAACCUUGAAGGACUAACAAAAAAUGCAUUGUUAAUUGAAGUUUUUGAUAAGUUGAAGGGUGACUUGUUAGAAGAGUCAGGUUGGGAAACACUCAUGCAGUGGUAUGAAGGCAGUUAG